ACAAUCCAAUUCGAGGUCGAGACGGAGCAGUGGAGCACACCCGCGCCACCCUCCUGUAAAUCCGCCCAGCGCAAGUAGAAGCUCAAACGAAAAAACCCAUCGGGAUAAAAAGAUCCUUUUUCGAUUCUCCUUCCGCUUCAUUCUCACGCAGUUCGAGUUUUCGUCGCUCUCAAGUCCCUUGACCCCUGAGAGAGAGGAGGAGGAGGAGGAGGAGAGAAGAUGCAGAUCUUCGUGAAGACCCUGACGGGGAAGACUAUCACCCUCGAGGUCGAGAGCAGCGACACCAUCGACAACGUCAAGGCCAAAAUCCAGGACAAGGAAGGGAUUCCUCCAGAUCAACAGCGUUUGAUAUUUGCUGGCAAGCAGCUGGAGGAUGGACGCACGCUGGCUGACUACAACAUUCAAAAGGAGUCAACUCUUCACUUGGUCCUCAGGCUCAGGGGUGGCACUAUGAUCAAGGUUAAGACUCUCACUGGGAAAGAGAUUGAAAUUGACAUUGAACCCACUGACACGAUCGAUAGGAUCAAGGAGCGCGUCGAAGAGAAAGAAGGCAUUCCUCCUGUGCAGCAAAGGCUUAUCUAUGCUGGUAAGCAGCUUGCUGAUGACAAGACUGCAAAGGAAUACAACAUCGAAGGUGGCUCUGUCCUCCAUCUUGUCCUUGCUCUGAGGGGUGGUUACUAGUAAAGCCAAUGAACUAGUCAGGUAAAUCUGUUAUGAUGGUCUGAGUAAACCGAGACUUGGUGGCGUGGAACUUGCAAAGAGAUAAUAACAUACUAGCUUUGCGCCUUUGCCUAAUGGAAGGGGAUGUCUUCCAUGUUAUUAUCUUACAAGAUUUGACAAAAUUAUUCCAGAUUUAUCUGCCUCUGCUGUUA